AGGAUCCAACAACAUCGCUAUCACCAACGUCAGAAUCAGCCACAACAUCAACAACAGUAACCACAAAUGUUAUCCCUAGUUCCACGGUGACGUCAGUGGAAGACCAAACACCAACCGUUAUGUGCCCCUGUUCCUGUGACUACAUGGACAAAAUCGUGUACUGGAGAAAUGAGACAAACCAGCUGAGACAAUACUAUGAACUGAGUGAAAGGUUGGCUCAACUCAAGCGUCUCCUCAGCGUCAACACAAAGAAUCUCUCCUCCACAGUGAACAAGAAGAUCAGCGCUGACGACGAGCGGCCGUCAGCCUCCGUGACAGGUUACGUGGGAGUCGUCUUUAUAGCCUUAUUUCUUGUUGGAAUGGCCCUGGCUGAUGCUCCUGUAUUGAUUCGGCAGACUUCUAAACUCCUCAAAGACAUCAGAAAACUGUGUGCUCGAAAAUGAGUUACACUGCUCUGUCCUUUUUAUCAAAUUACAAAAAGAUGUUAAUGAGAAACAAGACUUUCUGAUAAACGUGAUGACUUCGACUUUCCUAUGGUCAAAUUCCCUUCCCUUUGUAGUAAUACAUCUUGAUCACUUUAAUAUAGGGUUUAUAACAGUUUUUAAGACGAGGCAAGUUAUUAACAAACAAGUUGAUGAAUCAAAAAUAUUGUUUAAAGACAUUAUUUUGCAAGGUCUAUGAUCGAUAGGAUGACCUCGUCGCAAAUACAAUCUAAUAUAUAGUCGAAUGCUGGCUGACGUUUCCAUACUUCAGUGUAAUUGUUAUACUAUUAUUUUCACACUGAAUU